GUGUAUGCAAAAAAAAAAAAAAARGRWUWAAAAAAAACCUUUGACAGUCUAGUAGAAUUAACAAUGACUCAUGUAAGUAAUGUGAUUGGCUGACGUCCUGCGGGCGGAUGCAGAUAUGGGCGCGGCCUGGACUUGACGUGAUCUGAUUGGCUGCUCCUYACAGAUGUUGAAUGUGGGGGCGUGGCCUGAAGUCAGCGCCGCUGUGUCGGUCAGAUGAGCGGAGCAAAGUGUCACCGAAGGAAAUGCCGAGUAUUUAAAGUUAUUUAAUUAAACGAAUGGGGCUGCUUAAUCAACUUAACUUUAGCUGAUGGAACCACAAUGUGUGUGAGGCGUGACCAACGCGGCCCAUUCGGAUAACACGAGCAGCACGGACAGCAUGGAACCUGAAGGUUGCUGCUCCCCCACGGUUCCUGAGUCAGAACUGUACCGCAGCGUCCAGGCUGCCCUGCCUCGAGGGUCAGACCAGCACCAGCCCACAGACUUGUGUAACAAAGGAAUGCUGAGAUGGACACUUCAUAAAAAAGUUCAAAACAAUCCGGUGAACAGCUUAUCUCUUCUGUGGGUGCUGAUAAAAGAGCUGGAAAAGGCCGAACGAUGGGAUUCUCGCAAGUUCAUCAUCCCUUUGCUCCACACACUGAUGUACGCCAUCGUUCAGACUGCCUACAUUCCAGAUGAACUCUACAAGCGUGUGUACGACUUCUGUAAGAGACUCCUGACUUAUCCUCGGCCUUAUUGCACGCUGGGUCUCAAUUACACGAGACAGAUAAAAACUGAGCGCCUAAUUCCAGGUCUGAUGUACCAGAGGAUGGUCACAGCUGAGCAGAAGCUAAAAAAUGAGCACUAUCCUUUACAGGAGAGGGUCUUUGUGUUGGCUGACCCAGAGGUCUUCUGUGGACCCUUGAUUCCUGUGCUGGAGGGGGAUUUGGAGGCAUCUGGAUCUACAUCAACUGGAUUUAGAAAUCCUCUCGAUCACAUGCGCAGUGUGGUUCAGCACUCCAUCCAGGCUUGUUUAGGGCCAGAGAGGUGUAAUGGGCAGAAACUGUCUCAGGCCUUGAGGGACAAAGACGCCGAGUCGUACUUUCAGGAAGUGAUGGCGAUUUUUGAGCGGAGCCUAGAGGAAGGCAGCAGGGGAGAGGAGAAAAGCCUGAGCAGCCAUCUUCAGGAGCUGUACAACAAGAUUGUUUCAGACUCCGACUCCGAGCCAUUGUGUGGUGGACCCCUGUACAACUGCCCUCUUCCAAACCCAGAGAUGAGCUUCUACCUGUGGACAGAGGACCUGGACAUCU